GCCAUUUCCAGCGGUUGCGGCUCUUCACCGGUGGCGGCCCGCCGGGACAAUGAGCUAUGACUCCCAUCAGAACUGGGGCCGCGACGGGGGAUCCCGAAGCUCCGGCGGGAGCUACGGCGGGGGCCGCGGAGGGAACCGAGGCCCCGGCGGCAGCGGGGGCGGGCGGGGCGGCCGCGGCCGGCAUCCCGGGCACCUUAAGGGCCGCGAGAUUGGCCUGUGGUAUGCGAAAAAGCAGACGCAGAAGAACAAGGAUGCCGAGAGGCAGGAGAGAGCUGUCGUACACAUGGAUGAACGACGAGAAGAGCAAAUUGUGCAGCUGCUAAAUUCUGUCCAAGCUAAGAAUGAAAAAGAUUCAGAAGCAGAGAUAUCCUGGUUUGCACCUGAGGAUCAUGGAUACGGUACUGAAGUUUCUGAUGGGACAAAACCAAGCUCAGUGAAGAAACUUGACAGCCAGGAAAAGAAAGUGAAAAACCAAGAAAAAAAGACAUUUAGGAUCAGAGACAAAUCAUAUAUUGACCGAGACUCUGAGUAUCUCUUACAAGAAAAUGAACCAGAUGGAACCUUAGACCAAAAGUUACUGGAAGAUUUACAAAAGAAAAAAACUGAUCUUCGGUAUAUUGAAAUGCAGCAUUUCAGGGAAAAGCUGCCUUCAUAUGGAAUGCAAAAGGAGUUGGUAAAUUUAAUUGAUAAUCAUCAAGUAACAGUAAUAAGUGGUGAAACUGGUUGUGGAAAAACCACUCAAGUUACUCAGUUCAUUUUGGAUAACUACAUUGAAAGAGGAAAAGGAUCUGCUUGCAGGAUAGUUUGUACUCAGCCAAGAAGGAUCAGUGCCAUUUCAGUUGCAGAGAGAGUGGCUGCAGAAAGGGCAGAAUCUUGCGGUAAUGGAAACAGCACUGGAUACCAAAUUCGUCUCCAGAGUCGGCUGCCAAGGAAACAGGGUUCUAUCUUAUACUGUACAACAGGAAUCAUCCUCCAGUGGCUCCAGUCAGACCCACAUCUGUCGAGUGUUAGUCAUAUUGUACUUGAUGAAAUCCAUGAACGGAAUCUACAGUCAGAUGUUUUAAUGACUGUGAUUAAAGAUCUUCUUCAGUUUCGAUCUGACCUAAAAGUAAUAUUGAUGAGUGCAACACUGAAUGCUGAGAAAUUUUCAGAAUAUUUUGGUAACUGUCCAAUGAUACAUAUACCUGGUUUUACUUUUCCGGUUGUAGAAUAUCUUUUGGAAGAUAUUAUUGAAAAAAUAAGAUAUGUUCCAGAACAGAAAGAACACAGAUCCCAGUUUAAGAGGGGUUUCAUGCAAGGGCACAUAAAUAGACAAGAAAAAGAAGAAAAGGAAGCAGUCUAUCAGGAGCGCUGGCCAGAUUAUAUCAGGGAACUGCGAAGACGGUAUUCUGCAAGUACUGUAGAUGUUAUAGAAAUGAUGGAUGAUGAUAAAGUUGAUCUGAAUUUGAUUGCUGCCCUUAUUCGAUACAUUGUUUUGGAAGAAGAGGAUGGUGCAAUACUGGUCUUCCUACCAGGCUGGGACAAUAUCAGCACGUUACAUGAUCUCUUGAUGUCGCAAGUGAUGUUUAAAUCAGAUAAGUUUAUUAUUAUACCUUUACAUUCACUGAUGCCUACAGUAAACCAGACACAGGUAUUUAAAAGAACUCCUCCAGGUGUUCGGAAAAUAGUGAUUGCUACCAACAUUGCAGAGACUAGCAUUACCAUAGAUGAUGUAGUUUAUGUGAUAGACGGGGGGAAAAUUAAAGAGACACACUUUGAUACUCAGAACAACAUCAGCACGAUGUCUGCCGAGUGGGUUAGUAAAGCUAAUGCCAAACAGAGGAAAGGCCGAGCUGGAAGAGUUCAACCUGGGCAUUGUUACCAUCUGUAUAAUGGCCUUCGAGCAAGUCUUUUGGAUGAUUAUCAACUACCAGAGAUUUUGAGAACACCUUUGGAAGAACUUUGUUUGCAGAUAAAGAUUUUAAGACUAGGUGGAAUUGCUUAUUUUCUGAGUAGGUUAAUGGAUCCACCAUCAAAUGAGGCAGUGCUGUUGUCCAUAAAACACUUGAUGGAACUGAAUGCUCUGGAUAAACUAGAAGAACUGACACCUCUUGGAGUCCACUUAGCCCGGUUACCAGUUGAGCCACAUAUUGGGAAAAUGAUUCUUUUUGGAGCUCUGUUCUGCUGCUUAGACCCAGUCCUCACUAUUGCUGCUAGUCUCAGCUUCAAAGAUCCCUUUGUCAUUCCAUUGGGUAAAGAAAAGAUUGCAGAUGCAAGAAGAAAAGAAUUGGCAAAAGAAACUAGAAGUGAUCACCUGACUGUUGUGAAUGCAUUUGAGGGCUGGGAAGAAGCUAGGCGGCGUGGUUUCAGAUAUGAGAAGGACUACUGCUGGGAAUAUUUUCUGUCCUCAAACACACUGCAGAUGCUGCAUAACAUGAAAGGACAGUUUGCUGAACAUCUUCUUGGAGCUGGAUUUGUAAGCAGUAGAAAUCCUAAAGACCCGGAAUCUAAUAUAAAUUCAGAUAAUGAGAAGAUAAUAAAAGCUGUCAUCUGUGCUGGUUUAUAUCCCAAAGUUGCUAAAAUCCGACUAAAUUUGGGUAAAAAAAGAAAAAUGGUGAAAGUUUACACCAAAACUGAUGGACUGGUUGCUCUUCAUCCUAAAUCUGUUAAUGUGGAGCAAACAGAUUUUCACUACAACUGGCUUAUCUAUCACCUAAAGAUGAGAACAAGUAGUAUAUACUUGUAUGACUGCACAGAAGUUUCCCCGUACUGUCUCUUGUUCUUUGGAGGUGAUAUUUCCAUCCAGAAGGAUAAUGACCAGGAAACCAUUGCUGUAGACGAAUGGAUCGUGUUUCAGUCUCCAGCAAGAAUUGCCCAUCUUGUUAAGGAAUUAAGAAAGGAACUAGAUAUCCUUCUACAAGAGAAGAUUGAAAGUCCUCAUCCUGUGGACUGGAAGGACACAAAAUCCAGAGACUGUGCUGUCCUGUCAGCUAUUACAGACUUAAUCAAAACACAAGAAGAGGCAGCUCCCAGGAGCUUUCCACCACGAUUCCAGGAUGGGUAUUACAGCUGACAACUUUUCCGUGGUGAUCUGAAAAGCCAGUUUGACAAACCAUUUUCCUCAUGGUUUAACUUCUGGCUAAAUGCCAAACCCUGGGACAUGACCAAUUUUCAUUUGUAAGGUAGAAUCCUUUAGUAGGUAGUAAAGAUUUAAUGUGCAUGACUUGAUGAUGUUAUCUGUAGCUAUUAUAAAUAUGCCAUAAAAAGCAAUAUGUUCUCUGGUCACAGUCUGUUGUGGUCAUGCCCACUCUUUGGGAGUAUUCCUCUUAAACAUAUUGAGUCUUAUACCAUAAGAAAUUCCUUUGUUCUGUUACAGAAAAUUAAUUUUCUGUUCAAAAUGAAGUGCAGAACCAGUAAAAAUGAAAGGUUAGCCAGAAAGCAGGGUCAGGUAAGAAUUUGGAUAUAGCAACAUUUUUUUAAAAAUGAAACUUCUAUCAGAAGUAAAUUUGUUGUACUAAAGCCUGGUAUCUAAUAAAAUGUACAAUGUGUAAAAUCUUAGUUAACUUCUUGGCUUGGUUUCUGCAUCUCCACUCUCACAUGGUUUAUUUGAUGUUCAUACUUUUUCUAAUAUACAUUCCCCUUUUUCAUGCCUAGUACAGCAUAAUGUAGCAGCAUUAGAGAGCAUGGGUCUGGAGCCUAAGUUCCAGUCUCACCUGUCAUCUAGAUGUCUUGGGCAAGUUACUUGGCUUUUCCGUUUUCUUAAAUACAGAUAAAAAUUGUGAGGCCUAAAUAUGUUAAUAUAUGUAAAACACAUAGACUAGUGCCUGGUACACACAAUGUCCUCACUGAGUCUGUUGUUACUUCUCCGUGAAAUAUUUUUUAAAUGUGUUGUCUUCUUUUUUUUUUUUCCCAACACUUGUUUUACCUUCUUAGCUAGUGGAAGUUAGUAUGAGGACAGGUAACGUAUUUUCUCAGCCCUAUCAGAUUGUGACAAAAACUGUGGGUUGUUUUCCAACAGCCAUUUUGUCUCUCCCUUCUUGUUUUCGCUUGUCAACUGGGCCCUGACAUGUCGUGUCGAACUCGUCCCCAAGGGUGAGUUAGGUGGUUCUGAGCCAGUCACGUGUGGUCUUAUUCCUUUCUUAAGUCCUAAGUGAGGCCUGCAUAUGUGAGUUUGCCUGUGGCAAUGGCAAGCCAGGGGAUGUCUGAGAAAGAUUUUUUGUGCUAAUGGAUGUAAAAGAGAAAACUCUGCUCUCUUCUUUAGACAGUGUCUUGUCAGAAUCUGAUACUGGGAACUGCUGUAUCCAACUUAGGAUCAGAAAGGGACACAGCCAUAUUCUGAGGUUGGUUCAGAGUGGAAAGAUGACACUUGGCCAAAGUCCUUGAUGCAGGGUGAGCUACAGCACUGACUGACUCUAGAACUGCCUACACGUGGAUUGAUGUUAAUAGAAUAAAUACAUCCUUCAUUUUUUAAACCCCAUUUAGUGUAAGGUAUUUUUAACUUGGCAGAAAGUAUAUUAACUGAAACACUGUCACUGAACUGUGGCCUCCUGCAUUGUGAUGUAACAGUUUUGACCCUUAUGUCUGAAGGUAUUAAAAAACACAGCAAAAGCAUCCUGCUAUAUUCUAAAGAGUGCAAAUUUUAUUGUGCCUUCCAGUAAAUUGCAAGGAAACCAAAGGAAUAAAUGUAUCCUCAGUGGUUGAAUGUAUUGACGAUGCUGUUCUAUUACAGUGCUGGUUCUGGUACUGCUCCCGUUUCUGGGAAUGUGUGUCCCUCAUUGUGGCCUACCAAGGGCUUGAAUGUACUGUGUGUCCUCAGUCCAUUCUCUUGGCUGGCCUCCCAGAGUGAGGUUUUGGAAUGAGUCAUGUCACAAUAUUGUAGCAUAUUAAUUUUACCCAUAAAGUCAAGGUGACCUGUUGGCUCUAAAGGAGUGUUUAAUUUUUGUGGUUGGUUUUUUUUUUCCCUCUUGUUAGCCAGUUUAAAUACUUACUCAGUUGACAAAAUGGUCUUGGAAGAAAGGAUUUAAAGAUUCUGUCUAAGAAAAAAAUGAUUAGUUGGUUCCAUCUUGGCAAACUGGUAUUUAAUCUUUAUAUGAAUGGGAGAACUAACCCUGAAGAAUUGUUUAAUAGGUGAGGGAUUCACAGAACUUAAAGCAGUUAUUGUUACCUCCAGUUUAUGUCGUGUUUCUACAGCUGAUGCAGAUAGAAAUCUUAAUCAAAGGUGCUAUUUAUUUGUUGUGUUUCUUUUGUUUACAGAAUAGGGCAUUGCUUAGUGGAAAAUAAGUUCUGUGUCUGUUACCUAGAGAUUUUAAAGAACAAAGACGUUAAAUUAAGAAGUCAUUCUGAGCAAUAUAGAGAAUAACUUGAAAAAACAGCAGUGAAAUAGCAACUUACGGGGAAAACAUGGAAGAAAUAAACCACUAGGUAAGGUUUAAAAAGCAUAUAAAAACAGCAUAUAAUACUACCUAAUUCAUUAAUUAUGGCAAAAGCUUUAGAUGAGUUGAUACCAGUUAAUUACAAGUUAUUCUCUAUUUUUACUGCAUUUUUAAAAUGAAGACCACCCCUACUAGUUAUUAAUUGUAGAAAAACUUUAGAAUGAAUUUUAGUACCCUCUCAUCCAGAGUAAAUAAAUUGUGGUAGAUUUCCUUCUAGUCUUAGCUCUGAGUUUGUAUUUAUUUUUAAACAACUCUGAUCAUGUAUAGUAUGUAUUUGUGAUAAUGUUAAUUGUUUUUAAAUGGUAUUUUUAUUCUGAUUUUAAAACAAAACAUCCUCAUGAAAGAAUCUUUGGAAAUUCGACAUAAAAAGGAAAUCAUGUUACUAUUUGUUUUGAUAUAUUUCCAUACUUUUUUUAAACUUUAAGGUAUUUAUAUACAAUGAAAUGAACCAAUUUAAGUGUAUGUCAGUGAAUUUGGCACCUGUAUAAAGUUAUGUAAUUAUAUUCCCAUCACCUCAAUAUUUCCCUCAUUCUCUGCAGGCAGUUCCCCUUCCCACCUCUUGUCCCUGACCACCAUUCAUGUGCUUUUUGUCAUUAGUUCUGCCUUUUCUAGAAUUCCCAAUAAAUGGAAUCAUGUACAGUCUUUAUGUCCAGCCUCUUUCUCUUAACAUAUCACAGAGCUUGAGAUAAGUCAUGUUGGUGCAUGUAUUAGUUCUUUUUUAUUGUUUAGUAUUACACUGUGUCAUUAUGACAGUUUACUCAUUUACUGGUUGUGGACAUUUGGCUUGUUUUCCGUGUUUCUGCUAUUGUGAAUAAAGCUGCUAUGAAUGUGUGCA